AGCCCUUCCCGCCAGGCCCUCCCCAGCCCGGGGCUCGAACCGUUUCCCUAUUCCCAGGCCUAGGGUGCCGCCGCCAGUGUGAGGCGUGGGAAAUAAGGGCGUGGGGGGCUGGAAUGAAGCCACUGCCCGCAGCAGGUUUUGAGAGAUCCCUGGCUACAGAAACGGCCCGUCUCGGGGUCCUGACACCACCGCGUCCUGGCAGGUGGGGCUGUCAGACCGCCCCCCGCAGAGCCUCCAGCUUCCCCGGGCCUUGGCUACCGUCCGCGGGCCUGUGGCGAUGGAGAGGCGCUGCCGGGACAUCUUCCCGCACCCCUGGGAGCAGCGCCCGAGGAUCUGAGGAGCCCUUUAUUCUGCGGUUUCGGUUACGUAAACGGAGCCCAGGGAGCGACAUGGCUGACAAGGCCAAGCCCGCCAAAACUGCCAACAGGACACCCCCCAAGUCUCCGGGGGACCCCUCGAAGGACCGGGCGGCCAAGAGGCUGUCGCUGGAAUCGGAGGGUGCCAGUGAGGGGGCAGCCGCAUCCCCCGAGCUCAGCGCCCUGGAGGAGGCCUUCCGGCGGUUUGCGGUGCACGGGGACACCAGGGCCACUGGGAGGGAGAUGCACGGCAAGAACUGGUCGAAGCUGUGCAAGGACUGCCAGGUGAUCGACGGCAGGAACGUGACCGUCACUGACGUGGACAUCGUCUUCAGCAAGAUCAAAGGGAAGUCUUGCCGGACCAUCACCUUUGAGCAGUUCCAGGAGGCGCUGGAGGAGCUCGCCAAGAAGCGAUUCAAAGACAAGAGCAGCGAGGAGGCCGUUCGCGAGGUGCACAGGCUCAUCGAGGGCAAGGCGCCCAUCAUCUCAGGGGUGACGAAAGCCAUCUCGUCGCCCACAGUGUCGAGGCUCACGGACACCACCAAGUUCACGGGCUCCCACAAGGAGCGCUUCGACCCCUCUGGCAAGGGCAAGGGCAAGGCUGGCCGUGUGGACCUGGUGGACGAGUCGGGCUAUGUGUCCGGCUACAAGCACGCGGGCACCUACGACCAGAAGGUGCAAGGGGGCAAGUAGCCCCCGCUCCAUGCCCCGUGGCACUGCCGGUGUCCCCGGAGCAGGGACUCUGUCACCUCGCACUUCAUUACAUUCCUGUGCUCACUCGGGCAGAACUCAGACGGGUGCCCCAGAGGGGGCUGGGGGGAGGCCAGGCCCAGACCUCCCUCCUGCCCCUCCUCCUGCCGGAUGCCCCCAGUACUCCCCUCUCAAACCAGGUUUGGGCCCCAGUUCACUGACCCUCCUAAUACACCUGCCUCGUCCUCAGCCAUUUCCAAAGUGUCUCCCGGCUCACACCACAUUGGUCACGUGGUUUGUAGGUCAAAGGGGCGUUUUAAAGGAGCUGGCUGUCAUGGCAACAGGAGGCUGUGCUGACCUCCUGAGCAGCAGACACCUUCCAGGAGCCCUGAGGGCGGCAGGAGCUAACCCCAACCAGCAGGCAACCAACACGGAGUUGGCCCCACACCCGAUGUGGGAGGUGUGUGUGGGGCCCGAGGCCUGUCCUGCGUGCAGCGGACACCACGGGGCCUUCCUGCUUUCCUGGGCAGAGGGCAGAGUGAGGCCACCUGGCGGUGGUGCUGGGUGCCUGGCACACGUGUGGGGAAGCCGGUCACGUGGACACACGUGUGCACACAUGCCUACAGGCCAGCUCUGUGCCAAGGGCAACCUCGGUAAAACGAAAGCUGUGGGGGGCAGUGGGCGGCUUCCUGGCUGACCACAUUGGCUUGGACUGUGAGGGUGGAGCAGGCUCGCUUUGCUUUCCUGAGAAGAUGUGGUGGCUGCCUGUGUUCUCAGAGCGGGUCUGGGAAGAUUCAGAAUGUCUGGUCCCCGUGGUGUUGCCAGGCAAAAGACACGAAGUCCCAAGACACUCCUCGCCUCACCGCGUGACAGGGCCUCUGCCCGGCCCUCCCGCUCGCCCGUCCUCGCUAGCUGCACCCUGUUUGCUCGCAGACCUCCCAUUGCCACAGCCCAAGCACCUUCUUCAACUCUCCGGAAAUGGCUUGGUCUAACCUCUCCUGUUCCCCCCCACCCCACUGGAGAGCAGGACAUUAGGGAGGACCCCCAGGCCUGCAGUGUCUGUGGGGGUUUCUCUGCCAGCAGGGGGCUGAGCAGAGCCCAUCCAGGACACUCCACACUGCCAGAACACACCCAGGCGGCCCGCCCUUACCUGUCUGCACCUGGGGAGAAGCCGGCGCUCCUGCUCCCUCCUGGGGAGGCUGAGGGUGUGGCCACCCGCUGUCAGAAUGGCACACUGCCACUGUCCCUUGGCACGCACACAGCCACAGCCGCACGUGUGACCUGCUGGGCCGUGGUUCUGGAGUCUACCUGCGGAUGAGCCUGCGGCAGCCUUGGGGAAACUCUUCCAGAGCCUGUUAGCCCGUGGCUACGGUCAGGCUCUGGCCAGGGCAGGGGGCUGCCCAGGGCCAGGCUCACAGUACAGGAGGACGGCGAGGCCCCUCCCUCACUGACAUGCAUGAGCGCCACCCGCCUCCCCUGACUCCCAAGAGUGCACCUGCUGCAGCCACAGCCCCAGCAGCAGGACUCCCCUGCUGGAGGAGUGGAAGGACUCCCCCUGCCUGAGCAGAGCAGGAGCCCCAGGGCGGAGCUCCCAGCCAGCAUGGUCCACUGAGGGCUGGGGGUCUCCGAGGCCCCUCAACAGAGAAGCCUCCACCUGAGGACGGGGAGGACCUGGCAGGCAGCUUCCAUGGCAGGGCUGGGAAGUUCACGGUGCCUGGCAAUAAAGACCGAGGAAAAAUGGACCUCAGGCUUCGUGGCUCCUUUAAGAUGUCACCUCACCGGCCUGGGGAAGGCGGGGGGUGGCCAAGCCCAGCCCUGUGCCCCCGCUGAACCUGGCUGGACCGCGUGUGAAAGGCAGAACGUGCGGAAACAUUUGAAAACAACUCUGAAUGUGCAGUGCGGAAUCGCCCGAUCACAGACGAGCAGUCACCGGAAUCGCCCGAUCACAGACGAACGGUCACCGGAAUCGCCCGAUCACAGCCCAUCGCAACUCCAAAGCCCUUGUGUUGAAGAGGCCGAGGACGAGUGCUCACCAAACAGCGUGGCUCCCCAGGUCCCGAAGCCUGAGACCCGGAAGACCCUGGCACCUUUACACCCUCAGACUCCUGCCCUCCUCGGCCUCCCUGGCCCCAGCGCGGCUCCACCCUGGGCUGCGUCUCCUGGUCCCAGGCUGCGUUUCUUCUUUUCUUCUGUCCGUGGGCAGCCCGGUCCCCACAGUCACGGCCAAGCCACGCAGAAUGAACGUGACUCCAGAGGACCUCGCCCUGGAGCUGAGCCUGGCGCCGGGUCAGGACGGAGGGACAGGCGGGUUGGGGUCCGCGGGUCCUCACACCGCACGGCAGGCACAGAGGCUCGCCGGGCCCUGGUCUGGUCUGUGGGGACAAGGGACACUGAGGAGAGGUGCUGGGCACGAGGAUGCUGCCUCCUGGUCCCUGGUUGGCCUCAGGCAAGAACGGCCUCGAGAAAAGAGCCAAGCGCAUCGGGAGCACACCAGAAACCGGCCCUGUGCACGAGAAGCGCCUCCGCCCGGCCCGGGCACCACCCGACCUCGCAGGGAGCAGGCCCUGUCACCGACGGGUCACCUCGUCCACGCGACCAGCACCGACUCACCACAGCCCUUCCCAGACCCGGCUGGAGUGGCCGGAGCGGCGGGACUCAUGGCUCCCAUCUUGGCCCCUGGAGGUGAGCUCCUUCACAGAAGUGCUCCCUUCACUGAGGAAAAUCGCGGCGUGCAUCCCGAAUCCUAGGACACGCCUGUGGGUUUCGCGAAUGAGAUCGAGGCUGCUGUGGCACCCAGCCCGUCCUAGCCUGGAGCACCCUGGGAUCCUGGAGGGAGAGGCCCCACGCCCCCACUCUCCCUCCACACUUCCAGGGUUGGUGCCCACGAGUCAGAGGCACGACCUCCCCGGUGUCCCGCCCUCCCCCAACGGCCCCCAGGCUUUCCUCAGACACGCGGGAGCCAGGAGAGCACCCUUCUCCACUCAGCUCCAAAGCGAAUCUUUGAAAACACCCACUCGGCUCCCAUCUCUGUCACCUAGCCAGGAGGGGUAGCAAAAAUAAAGUCACAAGGACAUAGCGGUCACCAUUGUCAGUUACAACUUGUCUGUGGAAUCUGUAAUUGCAUCGUGUGCCGCCUCCAAACACAGAACAGUUUGGACGGCAGCCCCACUGCACAUAACAGACCCGUGCAUCUUCCUGUUUCUGAAUAUUGUGAAUUCAGGCAGGUGUGUGUUCUCUUCUGCAUGUUUUUAUGCACUGCCAACUAGCUUCUACUAACCAUGGUUCAACAGAAAAUAAAUGUGUAUUUGUGAAUAACAAACUGCACAGCCUGCAAACCAGGAGAGAGGGAUAGGUUCUGUCAGGGGUGACACCAGGACACAGGGACAGGUUGUCAGGGGUAACACCAAGAGAGAGGGAUAGGUUCUGUCAGGGUGACACCAGGACACAAGGACAGGUUCUGUAGGGGCGACAGGAGGACACAGGGACAGGUUCUGUGGGGGAUGACACCAGGAGAGAGGGACAGGUUGGGGGGGGUGACACCACGAGAGAGGGAGAGGUUCUGUCAGGGGUGACACCAGGAGAGAGGGAGAGGUUCUGUCGGGGGUGACACCAGAACACAGGGACACGUUCUGUCGGGGGUGACACCAGGAGAGAGGGACAGGUUCUGUCGGGGGUGACACCAGGAGAGAGGGACAGGUUCUGUCGGGGGUGACACCAGGAGAGGGACACGUUCUGUCGGGGGUGACACCAGAACACAGGGACAGGUUCUGUCGGGGGUGACACCAGGAGAGGGACAUGUUCUGUCGGGGGUGACACCAGGAGAGAGGGACAGGUUCUGUCGGGGGUGACACCAGAACACAGGGACAGGUUCUGUCGGGGGUGACACCAGGAGAGGGACACGUUCUGUUGGGGGUGACACCAGGAGAGAGGGACAGGUUGUUGGUGACACCAGGAGAGAGGGACAGGUUGUUGGUGACACCAGGAGAGAGGGAGAGGUUCUGUCGGGGGUGACACCAUGACACAGGGACAGGUUCUGUCGGGAGGACAGCGCUGAUGGUGUCUCAGCAUCAGGAAAGGAGAAAGCAGAGGGAGAGCGUUGAGAAGACUGUUCGCACCAGAGUACUUAUUUAUUUUUAUUUACUGCUAUAGGAUAAGCAACCAGGUAGUGUUCAUAACAGUUAGCGUUACCAAAAUUAAAGUUCAAAUUAUAUGUUUAAAAUAUUGUAGCAGAAGAUAUAUAUUUAUACUGGACUAUUUUUACACCUUCUAAUAUCCUGUCCAAGUUUGGGAGCAGAUGGUGGUGUUGGGCUGGCGUCAUGUCCUGUGGCUGUCCCACUUGCCUGUUGGUGCCGCUCCAUCCCGGGCCCUAGGGAUGCCAGCUCAGGGCCGACCACAGCAGCCCUGUGUGGGCGUCACCUCCUACCCCAGCCCCCGUCCUGGGCUGCUGCAGCUGCCUGCUUUUGUGAAUGGUGUUUUGUUGGCACAGGGCCUGUCCUGUGUGUUCACACAUGUCUGUGGCUCCUUCUGCUGUACAACUGGAGUGGGGAGGAGUUGAGAUGGAGAUGCCUUGGCCCUGGACACUUAUCUGUCCCUCUACUGGCCUAGCUCAUCUCCUCCUGUGGGCAAUCACGUGUGCACUGGCCACCCUCCCACCCCACAGCACACACCACGAGGGGAUGGCACAGGGGGACGAUGAGGCUGGACCAUGAUGUUAUCAAUAGGCUAGAAUGUCCUUCAAACACUGAACCUGCAUCUUUCCUCCUCUUACUACUGAAUACUUUGUGAGCUCUGGUGAUCCAGGGUGCAGUGUCUGUCCCCAGGCAUGUGAUGGGGAGUCCUGGGCACAUCGAGAUGCUUUACUUCUUUCUUUUGACCUCUUAAAAAACUAAACCAAGCCAAACCACAAAGGAAAUCUGCACAACUUAAGAGAAACUUGAAAGGGAUCGUGUAACUACUAGUUUGUACUAAGUUUUUUUCAAGAAAGGGAAACAAAUUUAUAUAUAUAUAUGUGCAAUAUAUUUUUACACUGUGUGAUUAACAUUGGGGAGUACUGAGCGCACCACUUUAUCAGUGUGACGGGUGAUGUCCACGUCAUGGCUGUUCUGACUCUGAAAGGCACUUCUGCCGACGUCUAAACUGCACUCACUGGGGACGUCCGCGGGGUGGGGUGGCCCUGCUGUCCCUCCUGCAGGUGAGAGGCGUGGUGUUGCCUGUUGGACUUGCUGUUGAGCCUGGCUUGCAAACCUGUAGUGAAACAGCUCGUGUCUGUGUGCACACUACCCCUGUGUCUGCUGUCGUUAACAUUGUGUGUCAAAUUGGUAAAGUGACAAAUAAAGGUGUUAAAACAUGGA